UGACAAGCACGUCGAAACAAACGCACCGGGUUCACUUAACGCAACGUUAUUUAACACGCAAACCGAUGGAACAGAAGCUCAGAUCGGAUUAAGACGGCUUGUGUCCGUCUGGAUGUCCGUCAGUUUCGCAAAGCGUUGGUGAACAGCUCGCUUUACAGUCAUUUAUGGAUCUUUUACGGUGUCAAACGCUUGAAAACUUUGAACGAAGGUAACUUCAUCUAAUCGUUCAGUAUGUUCCCUCUCGACUCUUCGUGGAAUAUUUCUUUCGCCGGAUGUGGCUUUCUGGGUAUCUAUCACAUUGGAGUGGCCAGCUGUCUGCAACAACAAGCGCCGUUUCUGGUGGAGAAUGCGCGUCACAUUUACGGCGCGUCCGCGGGCGCGCUCACGGCCUCUGCGCUGGUCAGCGGGGCAUGCCUGGGAGAGGCUGGGGCGAACGUCAUUGCUGUGGCUAAAGAAGCCCAAAAGCGUUUCCUGGGGCCCAUGCACCCCUCCUUCAACCUCAUCAAGAUUGUGAGGACCACGAUGCGCCGCACAAUGCCACACGAUGCCCACAGUAGGGCGACCGGCCGCCUGGGCAUCUCUCUCACCCGAGUCACGGAUGGAGAAAACGUGCUGGUGUCACACUUUAGCAGCAAUGAAGAACUAGUGCAAGCAUGUAUAUGCAGUCUGUACAUUCCUGUGUACUGCGGCCUGAUACCUCCGACCCUGCAAGGAGUGCGGUAUGUGGAUGGUGGUAUCAGUGAUAAUUUGCCUCAAUAUGAACUGAAAAACACCAUCACAGUGUCUCCAUUCUCUGGAGAAAGUGACAUCUGCCCACGUGACAUCAGCUCCACAAACCUGCACGAGCUGAGGUUCACAAACUUAUCCAUUCAAUUCACACUCGCCAACCUCUACAGAGUCUCUAGAGCACUGUUCCCACCUGAUCCACUGGUGAUGAAGAACAUGUGCAAGCAGGGAUACAGAGAUGCUUUACACUUCCUGAAGAAAAAUGGUAUGUUACAGUUUCAAGGUCCGCACCGAAUGCUGGGCAUGGCAAAUGGGGCAGCAGUGGGAAACUCGGAUAAUGAGGAUGAUGAAGGUCCUGAUGAAGAGUCUCAGAACAGAGAAACAGAGAACAACAAUCACUCCAGCAUCGAGGAACACAUUCUUGAACAUCUGCCUCCUCGAUUACAUGAAGCGCUUGUGGAGGCCUGUCGGGAGAGGCGGAGUCUGUUUCAGUCCAUAAGCAACCUGCUACCAGUCAGGAUGGCGUCUGCCGUACUGUUACCGUACACACUUCCUCUGGAGUCAGCUGUGUCUCUCAGUAUCAGACUGUUAGACUGGUUGCCAGAUAUUCAGGAGGAUGUGGGCUGGAUGAAGGAACAGACUGUCAAACUGCUGCAGAGCGUAUUAACUCACGCCGGGAGGAGUGUGUCACAGCAGGUGUCCGCACGCUUUUCCUAUCAGCUAGAAUUGAAACAUUCCCAGUCCGUCCCGGCCAGCUUCAGUGCGGUCCGCCUGCUGCCGGUUUGGGUCAGCGGGGGUAGCUCAUCGGUCCUGGAUGCCAUGCUGCGAUUGGACCAGUACCAGCGCCAACUCCUGCCAGGAUUGUUCCGUGUCAAUCUGGACUUUCGAGGGUCUUUCACCACUACACACCAAGACGCAGAUGAGGGUCUUAGCAUGUGACCUCUUGGACCCCAAACACCAGCCUGCCCCCUUAACAACUGGGUCUACUGGAGGACCAACAUUUAUGCAACUUUUAAUCAGUGAGGAUGUUCUGACCUAAGGCAAUCAUGACUUCUUUGAGAUUGUCAAAUAUUGUUUUGUGAUAAAGGGAUAGCUCACCCAAAAUAUGGACCUUUAUCUCACCCACGCAUCAUACCACUCCCUAAAAAAGUAAUAUAGAUUAUUUGUAUGCUGCCUUUAUGUGCUUUUUGGAGCUUCAAAGUUCUGAUCACCAUUCACUUGCAUUGUAUGGACCUACAGAGCUGAGAUAUUAUUCUUAAAAUCUUAAUUUGUGUUCAGUAGAAGAAAGAAAGUCAAACACAUCUGGGGUGGAAUUUUCAUUUUUGGGUGAACUAUCCCUUUAAGACUAUUGGAAAGAAAUGUCCUGUUUCUCAGAAUGUCAUUGAAUGUAUCUUAUAUGCCCUUGUCAAUGUAUUUAUGUUUUGAACACCAGUGUGCACCUCAUCACUGUUUCACACCUGGAUAAGAAUGUGAAAGUAAUAUAAACUCAGGACUGAACGGAUGCCAGACAAACUUAAUGUUACUGGACUUGAAAACAAACAAUAUGAAAUAUGCCGUACCAAUGCUGCUACUGUAUUGAACUGACUUUUCGUUUCUUUGUAAAUGCAACAUCUUGUUUUUAUUUUCCAACUUCUAUUUUUUUUUUUAAUGGUUGCCAGACACCGAUUAAGGUUAGUCCCAGACUGAGCUAAUCUGAUAAUCCAUUGUAAUUGCUUCAUAAUCUGAUGCUUUGGUUUUUUGUGAGACCAUCCUCCUAAUCUACAGUACUGUCAUUUCUGCUGUUUUCAAGUCAUCAGUAAGUAGUCAGAUUUUAAAAUUAGUUAACAUACCUAAAGCCUUUAAAUUUUUUUUAGAUAUAUAUAUAUAUAUAUAUUGACUUUGUUUAGGUUGUGAAGAGAUCUUAAA